AGAGUCACCUCCACUUCGCUUUGAAACAACCUUUCCAGAAACUUCCUCCAGAGAUCCCCUACGUGGCGCGAUGAGGAAGACAACCCUCCUCUGGGCUUCCGUGUGUCUGCUGCUCAGCGGUGCCUUCCGCCCCCUGGACGCUGCUCCUGAGCGGGAGGACGAGGAGGAUGCGGACGGCACAGGUCCCGUGCCCCCCGCAGCGGGCCUCGUGCACCAGUUCUGUGCAUACAGAGCGGACCCCGGCCCCCGCAAAGCCUUGCUCCCAAGAUUUUUCUUCAAUGUGUUCUCAGGCCAGUGCGAGUCCUUCACGUAUGAGGGCUGCAGAGGCAACCAGAACCGCUUUCAGAGCCAGGAGGCGUGCAGAGAGCGAUGCAUCGCAGGGCGGCCUGGCUUCUGCUUGCUGGAGGCGGAGGUGGGGCCCUGCCGCGCCAACAUCAUUCGCUACUUCUACAACCACCUCUCCGGGCGCUGCGAGGAGUUCGGGUACGGAGGCUGCGAGGGGAACCCAAACAACUUCGAGACCGAGGCAGAAUGCCAGCGCUCCUGUGGGGACCCGGAUGACAGCGCCCAGCGCACUGCCUCCUCCACACCCGGCACUGCCAAGAGGAAUGCUGGAGUCCAGGGUAAGAACAGGGCUCGGUGA